AUGAACAACAAGUUGACCCUUUCUCUUUUUGUUGUCCUGUUGCUACUUCAGUGCAUGGUCUACGUUUUGUCAAGAGAAAUUUCACUCAAAGAUCUCAAAAAGUUGACCAAGCCAGUAAAACAAUCUUGUUAUACCUAUGAUGGAGUUGGAGUGAAUAAGAAGCACCCAACUUGGGGUUCAACUGGCGAGCCAUUCCCAAGACUUACCAAAGCUGCUUACACUGAUGGUAUUAAAGUCCCACCAAGACAAAAGUACUCUGCCAGAGAAAUCAGUAAUGUAUUCUGUAAACAAGAAAAGUGUGACGAUUCUAACAAGUAUGGUUUGAGUUCAAUGUUUUAUGCCUUUGCCCAAUUCAUUGAUCACGAUAUUGAUUCAAUUGGAACUGGUAUCAAUACUGAAUCAUUCCCAAUUCCAAUUCCACCUGGAGAUAGAUUUACCACUCCAACUAUGCCAUUCACUAGAGCCAAUUUUGCAAGUGAGAAACAAAUUUUCAUUGGUCAACCAUUGAAUCAAGUCAAUCAAAUUACUGGUUACUUGGAUUGUUCACAAAUUUACGGAAGUGAUCCAAUUAAGGGAAGAGCAUUGAGAUUACUCAAAGGAGGUCUUUUAAAAUAUGAUGAAAAGUUUGGUUUAGAGUUCCUUCCUUCUGCAUUCCCUCAUACUAAUGGAUUAUUCUUCUCUGGUGGCAGAAACCAAAGUAUCGUAGCAGGUGAUGAUAGAGUAACUGAGGCAUUGCCUAUCACCUCAAUUCAAACCUUAUUCUUGAGAGAGCACAACAGAUUGGCCAGACUUCUUGCAAAGAGAUUCAAUGUCUGUAAAUCUGAUGCAAAGAGUCCAAAAUAUGAUGAAUGGUUAUAUCAAACAGCUAGAGCCAUCAAUUGUGCACAAAUUCAAUCCAUCACUUAUAAGGAAUAUGUUCCAGCAUUGAUUGGUAAAUCUCAUUCUUUUAAUCCAAAAAAGGUCAAAUUCAAUCCAGAUGUUCAAGUGACACCAAGUACAGAAUUCGCUACUGUUGCCUAUCGUUUUGGUCACUCUCUUGUUUCAUGUUUCUUGAAGAGAAUUGACGAAAAUGGUAUUGAGAAAGAAAGAGUUGAAUUUAAGGAUGCUUUUAAUGGUUUCAAUCGUUUCAAGAAUAGUAAGGAAGAAUUGGAUCUUAUUUUGAGAGGUUUGUGUAAACAUGCUCAACAAAAUCUUGAUGAAAAGGUUGCUGAUGGUUUAAGAGAUUUCUUGUUUGGACCUAAUGUCAGAUUUGAUUUGGCUGCCUUCAAUUUGCAAAGAUCUCGUGAUUGUGGUAUUGCCUCAUUCAAUGAUUUGAGAAGUCAACUUGGACUCAAGAAAUUGACAGCCACUGAAAUUUCCAAUUCCAAUUCUGAACUCAAGCAAAAACUAGUUCAAUACUAUGGUGAAGAAUUGAGCGAUUUGGAUCCUUGGCUCGGUAUUUUGAUGGAACCAAAAUCCAGAGAUUCAAUGUUGGGUAAAUUAGGAACCAAGAUUGUUAAGGAUCAAUUCUUAAAGUUGAUUAAGGGUGAUCCAUGUUUCUACACUCACAGAAAGGAAUCUUGGGUUAAACAACUCAGAAAGUCCAUUGAGAGAGUUACUCUUUCUGACAUUAUUGUUGCCAAUACUGGAAUUAAGAGAGGAGAUAAGGCUCUCGGAUCUUCUGCAUUCAAAUCAAAGAAUUAA